AUGGGGAAGUCAGAUUUCCUUAGCCCCAAGGCGAUCGCCAAUCGCAUCAAGUCCAAGGGGCUGCAGAAGCUGCGCUGGUACUGCCAGAUGUGCCAGAAGCAGUGCCGCGAUGAAAACGGCUUCAAGUGCCACUGCAUGUCUGAGUCCCACCAGAGGCAGUUGCUGCUGGCUUCUGAAAAUCCUCAGCAAUUCAUGGAUUACUUCUCUGAGGAAUUCCGAUAUGAUUUCCUAGUAUUGCUCCGGAGGCGAUAUGGAACAAAGAGAGUCCACAAUAAUAUUGUGUACAAUGAAUACAUCAGCCAUCGGGAACACAUCCACAUGAAUGCCACACGAUGGGAGACACUGACUGAUUUUACGAAAUGGCUGGGGAGAGAAGGUCUGUGCAAGGUUGAUGAGACUCCUAAAGGCUGGUACAUUCAGUACAUCGACAGGGACCCAGAGACCAUUCGCAGGCAGCAAGAACAAGAGGGGAAGCAGAAACAGGACCUCGAUGAUGAAGAAAAAACGGCUAAAUUCAUUGAACAACAAGUUAGAAGGGGUUUGGAGGGGAAAGAACUAGAAAUGCCAGUCUAUACUGAACUGAACAGGGAAAACAAAGAAGAAAAAGUUACAUUUAAUUUAAACAAAGGAGCAAUCACUUCAGUUACAACAUCUUCUAAAACAAAUGUCCUUGGACAGAAUGCACUGAAGAUGAUGGAGGGGGCAGUUAAAAGAAAAGCAGCUCAUAGCUCUGGUCAGCCCCAAGUGAAAAAGAAGAAAUCUGCACUGGAUGAGAUCAUGGAGCUUGAAGAGGAGAAGAAAAGAACAUCCCGAAGAGACUACUGGUUACAGCCUGGAAUCAUUGUAAAAAUUGUAACAAAAAAGCUUGGUGAGAAGUACCACAAGAAGAAGGCUGUUGUUAAGGAAGUGAUUGACAAAUACACAGCAGUUGUGAGCGUGACUGACUCUGGGCACAAGCUGAAGCUUGAUCAGACACACCUAGAAACUGUAAUACCAGCACCAGGCAAGAAAGUGAUGGUAUUAAAUGGUGGGUACAGGGGAAACGAAGGCAUUUUGGAAUCCAUCAAUGAGAAGAGAUUUUCAGUGACAAUAACCAUUGACUCAGGACCUUUAAAAGGGCGCAGAGUUGAAGAUAUUCAGUAUGAAGAUGUUUCCAAACUUGCCUGAGGUGCUAAAUCAUGCAUCAGAGAAGAUUUUGGUUCUCAAAAUCUGUCUGAUAUCUUUCAGGCAGACACAAGAC